AUGCUCGCCGUUUUUGCCGGCGGCACUCUCGUUGAUACGGGUCCAGCAAUUCCUGCCGCACCCAAACCCCGCGUAGAAGAAUGUAUCUGCACUGAUGCAUAA